AUGAACGGCGAAAGAAUGGACUCGCUUUCUCCUUUUGAUCGCCGAAGGUCAACUAUUCAUCCGUUUCCAACACCGCUCAGUCUGGCGGCAUUCGAUGAUCCUCCGCCGUCCCCAGCGUCACGUCCGGCCACUGUUAUGUCUGCCGUUAUUGCCAAUCAACUGCGCCGGCCGGCAUCCAGUGCACUGCCACCUUCAGGCCGCUCCACCGCAGACAGUUUUUCUUCCCCAUACUUCCCGGCGGAUUACUACCGAAGUUCACGUCGAUCGCUGCUCGCUGAUCCGAUUUUUUCGCAAAGCACCGAGCCUGCUGCAUCUGCAUCAGUAGCGCGCAGCGCGAAAACCAUUCAGCCUGGAGACUCUGCCAGCUGUAGCGGCUAUCCGGCUUCCGUUCGGGUAACGAAUUCGAAGACCAGCGAAGAAAGUGGCCGAGGACAGCCGGGAGUGAUUGUCGCACUGGCGGAAGGGCGAGGCGUUGCCCAUGGGGAAAUCGGAUUAGCGACCAUCGACAUGCGCACCUCCGUUGUGGAGUUGGGACAAUAUGCCGAUACCGCAAGCUACAUGAGGACGAUAAUCAAGCUCAACGUUCUGGAACCAUCGGUGGUUGUAAUUUCCGAAACGAUGACCAGCGCCGACCAUCCUUCGCCUUUGUACAUCAUUCUCCGUGAACUGCAUUUUCACGGCGGACCCAAUGUCAUCACCGUCCAGCGGAAGCAUUUCAACGAGGGGUUCGGAAUGGACAAGGUUAAAAAACUGAAUCUCCUGGAUGAAUCCAAACUGGAAACGGAACUGGCUUCUAAGUAUUACUGCCUGGCGUCAUUUGCCGCUUUGGUCUGCUACGUCGAGUACGAGUACAAAAUUGUGCUGGUCCACAAAUCGCUUCGAAUGAAGUAUAUGCAUAUGGAGGACACCUGCUUGAUUGAUUCUUCGACCGCUCGUAGUUUGGAAGUGUUGGCUAACGCACAGGAUCCACACCAGAAAAAAGAUUGUCUUUUCGGUAUCUUGGAUCAUACGAAGACAUACGCUGGUGGUCGCCUUCUGCGGACUAAUUUACUGCAGCCCUUUACGAAACUGGAAACCAUUAACAUGCGAUUGGAGUGCAUCGAAGAGUUGAUUAUGUCGGAAGAAAUGUUCUUCGGAUUGCAACAGCUUCUAGGUCGAUUCAUCGACGUUGAACGGGUAAUCUGGUUUCUAAUACAGAUUCCGAAGAAAGAUUCCGUUCGUGAAUCGGAGCGGCACAUUGGCUCCUUCAUCCAUUUAAAGCAUGUCCUCGGUCUCGUGGAGCCACUACGCGAAUGCAUUAAAGAAAGCACCAACGCCUUGUUCCGGGGAUUUUACGAACUACUCUCGGACAGUCGAUAUGAAGAGAUGCGGAACGUUAUCGAUGUUCUGGUGCACCCGGAAGCCAAGUACGAGAAGGGAACAUUACGGAUGAAAACUCAGAAGUGUUAUGCCUUAAAGUCCCACAUUAAUGGAUGCCUUGACGUGGCUCGGCUGUUGUAUUCGGAAUCUGUGGAUGAUGUUUCCGCACACGUCAACGCUUUGGCAGAGCGGCAUGGUUUACCUUUGCAAAUUGGCUAUGAAGCCGGGCGCGGCUUUUGUAUCCAGCUCCACAGCGGCCCCAAGAACCCAGUGGAUGUGACCACGCUUCCGCCCGAAUUUUUGUAUAUCACAAAAAAACGCAAUAUGAUUACCUUUACAACAAAAGAUCUUAUUUUCUUGAACGGUAAGAUCUUACAGUGUGUGCGCGACAUUUUUGUCCUCAGUGACGAAAUGUUAAAGCAUGCUCAUGAUUCACUGCGUCCAUUUAUUGGAUGUCUUUACGAACUGACGGAAUGUGUCGCCACAAUCGACGUGAUUGUGUCCUUAACCCAUGCCUGCUCAUUGGGAGAAUAUGUUCGUCCGCGGUUCCAUGGUGCAUUGGUUCUGGAGCAAAGCCGGCAUCCUGUGCUGGACCGCCUCUUAGCCCAACAGCCAGUUCCUAACAAUGCGUUUGUUGACGAAAGCAAUAAUUUUCUCGUAAUUACCGGAGCGAAUAUGGCUGGAAAAACUACGUACAUCAAGCAAGUGGCCCUGCUCCAGAUUAUGGCGCAAAUUGGAUCAUUUGUUCCUGCAACUUUCGCAUCUUUUCCGGUGUUUGAACAGAUCUUUUCCCGUUUUGGCUCGGGUGACGAUAUUGCGUCGAACGCAUCCACUUUCAUGGUGGAGAUGCGGGAUAUGUUCCAUAUCUGUACUCAGGCCAAUGAGAAGACGUUGGUGCUUAUUGACGAACUUGGUCGUGGUACCAGUCCAGAGGAAGGAGUUGCUGUAUGCUGGGCGUUGUGUGAACAGCUGUUGUUGACCAAGGCGACUACGCUUUUCGUUACCCAUUAUGAAGAAAUCUGUGAUCUGCAACAUCUGUAUCCAAAUGUUCAUAAUGUGAACUUUAAGACCAUUAUUGCCCAAAACCCGACGACAUCGACUCGACAGCUGGUUUAUACGCACGAAAUGGUAGAUGGCCCCUGCAUGGACAUCAGUUACGGCAUUGCGCUUGCGGAGGCAACAUCUUUGCCUACUUCACUAACAAGAAACGCCAUGGAAAUGCUGGAAAAAAUUCGAAGGAUAAAAUUUACAAUGGGAGAAGAUGAAAAAGAAUUCCGCCAGCGACAGAUUGACUGUCGUUAUGCAAAUCGUGUCAUUCAGCUAGUGCAUAACAAAUCGCUUCCGUACGAUGAUAUUGUAGCAUGUCUCAUGCAAAUCAAAGCGGACUAUCAAACGGAGAUGGCCAUCCUUGCACACCAAGAGCUCGCCAUCAGUUCAUCCGAUCGCGCUGUGGACGAUUUGUCCACAGGAAACACAGAUUCGAUUCCACAUAAAGAAGGGCUUGAUGCUUUUCCGAUUUCCCCGGAAAUGGAUAGAGCUAGUGAACCGGAGCGGCCACCGUCAAGAUCAGAAUAUUUUCGGCCUGAAUCCCCUGCGCCAGAUCCGAAAUCCCCGGAGGAAAAUUGCCGUCCGCCAAUCCUUUCGCCUUUGCUGUAGUACUGGGCGUUGAGGUAUUAUAAGGAUAAUGCGGCGUUUGCAUAGAAUAGUUUGUGAAAAGGGAAUAAUCUUCUGCUGAUUCUGACGUUGCCGGUGUAUUGUAUUACAGAAUUUGUAGAUAUGGAUUAAUCCAUAACCGUUUCCUGAAAAUUGAUUUUUUUUGUUACCAGUGUUUGUUUGUUCCACGUUCGAAUGGUUAUUGUUAUCAUGUUUAUUAUCCAAAGUAACGAACACGCAUCCAACAUCGGCGCCCGAAAUUUUUAAGCUUUUUUCAAAGUGGGCAUCAGCAUCACACAA